AUGAGCCGCCCAAAGGUCAAGCCGAGGUCGGCCAAGGCCACCUUGGUCCGCGUCCAGCUCGACCCCGCCCUCCGCUCCUCGCUGGUACACCUCCCCAUCUGCCUCUAUGCGCCCCUUGUAGACCGCCAGGUGUCGCCGCAGUCGCUCGUCGUAGAGAUUGAUCCACACACGGGCACGGGCGAUGCCGCAUCCGCUCGCCAGCCCUACUAUGCCGGCUGGACGGGCAUGAGCGCCGCACCGCUCGACGUCGCCUCGUCCUUCAGCUCGUCAUCCGCCUCGUCCUCUUCUGCUUCCGUCUCGGACGUCAUAUCCAUCUCGCCCUCGCUCGCCGCCUCGUUCCGGCCGCCCCUGGCCGAGGGCGCCAUCGCCUCCGUCCGCCUGCUCCGCUCACCCCCGCUACCCACCGCCGAAAAGAUCGAGGUGACGCCCCUCUCCCCAGACGACUGGGAGAUCCUCAGCAUCCAUGCAGAAGAGGUCGAGAUCAACAUGCUCGGCCAGGUCAGGGCGGCAAAGACGGGCCAAGUCAUUGGCGUCCACGUCGGCAGGGCGGGCAAGACCGUCGUCCGCUUCCGCGUCGACGCCACGACUCCGCCUACCUCGGAUGCCGCUGCAUCCACCUCUGCCGGCUCGGACGACGUCGAACCAAAGAAAGACACCGCCACUGACAUUGCCGUCCGCCUCUCGACCGACUCCGAGGUCAUCAUCGCCCCUCGCCUCCGUCCGAAAAGGGCCGAGGACCAUGCUGCCGAGGAACGACAUGACCUCAACGCCGGCCGAUCGGCACCCGGCAAUGGCGCCUCGGGCUCGGCCAGGGAACAGGCGGAGCGGCGGGAGGCCAUAUCCAAGCUGCUAUGGAGGAUCUUGCCCGACCACUUUGUCAAGCUGCCGGCCUCGGAAGGCUGGCUGCAGAAUGCAGUCCUCGUUCCCAGUCAGAGCAGCCCCGCCUUUAUCGACUCGAUGCCCGGGUUCGCCGAGCUGGACGAGCUCUUUCCCAAGGGCAGGAUCGCCAUCACCAAAGUCACCUGCCCCAGCAGCGACCUGACCAAGAGCGGCGGCGAGACCCGGCCGGAAGCCAACGCCGGUGCGGCGAACAAUGGCGAGCCGCAGGACAGUGCCGAGGCUCAAGGGGGGGCGGCAAGAGCGGAACUGCCAACCAGACCUACCGCCAGCGCCUUUUACGCUGCUGGCGAGGGCUAUCUGCGCGUCGGCGGCGGUACGCAAGCUGCGGCGCCGGCGUGGCCCGAAAGCCACGUCGCCGUUGGGCCCGCGCUGAGGCGCCAGCUUGGCCUCCAGGACUAUGACCUGGUCCGCUUCACACCGGCGCCUCCUGGAUCGGCCGUGCGCAGCGCCACCGCCGACGCCAGCGCCAACGGCAUUGGAAACGGCGGCAGCGACGACGGAGGCGACCUGUCCGCGGGCCAGGCGGCCAAGACGCUGGCCGGCGUCGAGUCGAUUCUCUCUACCUGCAUCGACAUCGUCUCGGGCACGCUGCGAUCGCGACGGCUGCACGCUGCCGCCGCUAUCGCCGCCGCCGCUGCUGCCAGUGGUGGGCUCGGCUCGGUCAAGCCCUUUGCCGGCUCGAGCGGUCUCCUCCUCACCGGCGGGCCCGGAUCGGGCAAGACUGUCGUGGCCGAGGAGAUCUCGUCCCGCCUCUCGUCGGACCCCGGCCUGCUGAUGUCGACCUCGCGCAUCGACUGCUCGCCCUUUGCCGAGGAGAGGGUACCUGUGCUGCGGGCCAAGUUCUCCGAGUGGCUCAACGAGGCCGCCUGGAAGGCGCCCAGCCUGCUCGUCCUCGACAACAUCGACCGCAUCAUCCCUGCCGAGCUCGAGCAUGUCGACUCACAGCGCUCGAGGCAGCUGGCUGAGGCCUUCGUGGCGCGGAUACGCGACUGCGUCAAGGACUUCGAGGUGUUUGUCGUCGCAACGGCGCAGAACAACACCAGCAUCCACUCGCUGCUCAACUCGAGCCACCUCUGGAUCGACAACGUCCAGCUGAAGCCGCCGAGCAAGGAGGGGCGUCGCGAGAUUCUGGCCCACCUCGUGCGCGGCAAGACUGCAAAGCCGCCGCCGGGCGCAACGGCGUCGGCGGCCACAGCGACGGAAGCUGGCCCAGAAUCCGAGGGCGAUCUCAACUUUGUCACGCUCGCCACGCAGACCGAGGGCUACCUGCCGGCAGACCUCAAGGACCUUGUCGAGCGUGCCGUCCACCAGUCGGCCAUCCGGGCCGCCGCCGCGGAGAGCAGGCAUGCGCCCGGUACCACGACCGACGGCCCGCUGCCGAACGGCGAUGCCCCGCCCCGGCUGGCCGAGGCCGCAGCGAUGGCGGCUGCGGCCGGUCCUGGUGGUGCCCCGAGCCCCGCGUUCCAACUGACCAUGGCCGACUUUGCCAAGGCGCAGGAGGGCUUCACGCCGCUCUCGCUGCGCGACGUCAAGCUGGAAAAGUCGUCGGUCGCCUGGUCCGACAUCGGCGGCCUGGUCGAGACGCGGCGCGUGCUGCGCGAGACGCUCGAGUGGCCCACAAAGUACGCCGCCAUCUUUGCUAGCUGCCCGCUCCGCCUGCGAUCUGGCCUGCUCCUCUACGGCUACCCGGGUUGCGGCAAGACGCUCCUCGCCAGCGCCGUCGCAAAGGAAUGCGGCUUGAACUUUAUCUCGGUCAAGGGGCCCGAGAUUCUCAACAAGUACAUCGGAGCGUCGGAAAAGUCGGUCCGCGACCUCUUCGACCGCGCCCAGGCCGCCAAGCCCUGCGUGCUCUUCUUUGACGAGUUUGACUCCAUCGCACCAAAAAGAGGCCACGACAGCACGGGCGUGACGGACCGGGUGGUCAACCAGAUGCUGACCCAGAUGGACGGCGCCGAGGGGCUCGACGGCGUCUACGUGCUGGCGGCCACGAGCCGGCCGGAUCUGAUCGACUCGGCGCUGCUGCGACCGGGACGCCUGGACAAGUCGCUGCUGUGCGACAUGCCGACGCUCGAGGACCGCGUCGACAUCAUGGAGGCCAUCUCGCGCAAGGUCCACCUCGACCCCGCCGUCGACCUGCAGCGCUGGGCGCAGCGGACCGAGGGCUACUCGGGCGCAGACCUGCAGGCGCUGCUGUACAACGCCCACCUCGAGACGAUCCACGACAGCAUCAACGCGGCCGCGGCCGACCAGGGCGGCGCCGACGGCGAGGCGGCGGGCGCCGACAAGAGGGACGGUGGCGCAGGGAAGCCGGCGCGCUUCAUCUCGUUUGGAGGCAGUGGCGGCGGGCCCGGUAGCAGUAGCGGGGCAGCCCAGGCGGCGGGGGCGGGGGUGAGCAAGAAGACGAUGAGCGGCGCCGAGCAGCAGGCGCUGUCGCGCAAACUCGAGCUGGUCCUGCAGAACCAGCGGCGCGCGCGCCAGGCGGCGUCGUCGUCGGGCCAACGAGGGAGCGACCUGGGCGCCUCGACGUCCAAGGCGGCCAACGGGGCGAGGGCCAAGGUGCUGGUGACGGACUCGCACCUCGAGACGUCGCUCAAGGCGACGCGGCCCAGCGUGCCCGUCGAGGAGCAGAGGCGGCUCAAGGCCAUCUACAAGGCCUUUGCGGGCGAACGCGACGCCAAUUUCCCCGACGGCCAGGCCAGCGACCAGAUUGGCGCCCGGUCCAGCCUCAUGUAG